UGUAGCAUCGGAAAGGUAAUGCUAAAGCACUGCUGAGUUCACCAAGCAGCAGCUACCUGAAGCAGCCACCCCUCGCUGGCCCAUGUGUGAUUCUGCCACCUCCAAAUGCAGCUUCCUUUGUCAUGGGGGCAUGUACAGUAGAUUUCACGGCCCAACAGUUUCAAACAGUGGACGAGACCCGUGGAUCGUGGCAGGCUAAAUACUGGGACAUCUACCUGCAUGAUAGCCUGUUCAGGAAAAUCCUAUCUACUGUUCCCAGUUCCUGUGCUGCCCAGCCCUGCCAUGUCAGCGAAAGCCAUCUCAGAGCAGACAGGAAAAGAGUUCCUGUACAAGUAUAUGUGCACCUCAGCGGCCGUUCAGAACCGCUCACUCUGUGCCAGUGUAACUGCUGAGACUGACUGGGGCCGCCUCACACAAGAACAUCCAUGGCUGCUGACGAAGCGGCUGGUGGUGAAGCCAGAUCAACUAAUUAAGCGGCGUGGGAAGCUCGGCCUGGUGGGCAUCAACCUGGACCUGCAGGGCGUCCAGCAGUGGCUGAAAGCCCAUCUCAUGAGAGAGACCACUGUGGGAAAGGCAAAGGGUAUACUGAAGAACUUCCUUAUUGAGCCAUUUGUGCCACACACCCAGGAGGAGGAGUUUUAUGUGUGUAUUUAUGCCACACGUGAGGGCGACCAUGUGCUCUUCCACCACGAGGGAGGGGUGGAGGUGGGUGAUGUGGAUGCCAAGGCACAAAGGCUGAUGGUUGCAGUUGAUGACAAGCUGAGUGAUGCCCAAGUCACAGAGCAGCUCCUCACACAUGUUCCUGAUGAUAAAAAAGAGGUCCUGGCCAGUUUUAUAGUGGGGCUCUUCAGCUUAUACGAGGACCUCUAUUUCACCUACCUUGAGAUCAACCCACUUGUCGUCACCGGUGAUGGAGUUUAUAUCCUUGAUAUGGCCGCCAAGAUUGAUGCCACAGCAGAGUACAUCUGCAAGGCUAAAUGGGGGGAUGUGGAGUUUCCACCGCCAUUUGGAAGAGAAGCAUAUCCAGAGGAGGCCUAUAUAGCUGAUCUGGAUGCAAAGAGUGGUGCCAGUCUAAAGCUGACCCUGCUGAAUCCUUGUGGCAGGAUCUGGACCAUGGUGGCUGGAGGAGGGGCCUCUGUAGUCUACAGCGACACUAUCUGUGACCUGGGUGGGGUGGAUGAACUGGCUAACUAUGGCGAGUACUCUGGUGCACCCAGUGAACAACAGACAUAUGACUACGCCAAAACCAUUCUCUCCCUCAUGACACGGAAGAAACACCCUCAAGGAAAAAUACUGAUAAUAGGAGGAAGUAUUGCCAACUUCACCAACGUAGCAGCCACAUUCAAGGGCAUUGUCAGGGCCAUUAAAGACUAUCUAGGUCCACUGAAGGAGCAUGAAGUCACCAUCUUUGUUCGACGAGGUGGACCCAACUACCAGGAGGGGCUGAGGGUGAUGGGUGAAGUGGGGAAGACCACAGGGAUUCCCAUCCAUGUUUUUGGUACAGAAACUCACAUGACGGCCAUCGUUGGAAUGGCCCUGGGCCACCGGCCAAUCCCUAACCAGCCCCCGGUGGAUGCACAUACUGCCAACUUCCUCCUUAAUGCCAGCAGCAGUCCAAUGACUCCAGCUACAACAAGGACCGCUUCAUUCUCUGAACCCAGGACAUCUAAUGAUGUCACCCCAGCAAAAAAGUCUAAAGCAGGUCUUCCAGCAGCUAAAGCUACCACACUCUUCAGAAAAGACACCAAGACCAUUGUCUGGGGCAUGCAGACCCGAGCCGUGCAAGGUAUGCUGGACUUUGACUACGUCUGCUCCCGGGAACAACCCUCUGUGGCUGCCAUGGUCUACCCUUUCACUGGGGAUCACAAACAGAAAUUUUAUUGGGGCCACAAGGAGAUCCUGAUACCGGUCUACAAGAACAUGGCCGAUGCCAUGAAGAAGCACCCCGAGGUGGACGUCAUGAUCAGCUUUGCCUCACUGCGCUCAGCCUUUGACAGCACAGUGGAGGCCAUGCAGUACCCACAGAUCCACACCAUUGCCAUUAUAGCUGAAGGCAUCCCUGAAGCACAGACCAGGAAGAUGAUCAAGAUGGCUGAUGAGAAGGGCGUCACUAUCAUUGGCCCCGCCACAGUUGGUGGUAUCAAGCCGGGCUGUUUUAAGAUCGGCAACACGGGUGGCAUGCUGGACAACAUCCUGGCUUCCAAACUUUACCGUCCUGGCAGUGUGGCCUAUGUGUCACGCUCUGGGGGGAUGUCUAACGAGCUGAACAACAUCAUCUCCCGCACCACAGAUGGCGUCUACGAAGGCGUGGCCAUUGGAGGAGACAGAUAUCCAGGCUCAACCUUCAUGGACCAUGUUCUUCGUUACCAGGACACUCCAGGGGUCGAGAUGAUAGUGGUGCUGGGAGAGAUUGGAGGCACAGAAGAGUACAAGAUCUGCCAAGGCAUCAGAGAGGGCAGGAUUACAAAGCCCAUGGUGUGCUGGUGUAUUGGAACCUGUGCCACCAUGUUUGCUUCAGAGGUUCAGUUUGGCCAUGCAGGGGCCUGUGCCCACCAGGCUUCAGAAACGGCACUAGCCAAGAACCAGGCUCUGAGGGAUGCUGGAGCGUAUGUACCAAAGAGUUUUGAUGAGCUGGGGGACGUCAUCAGGACUGUUUAUAAUGAUCUGGUGGCCAAAGGUACAAUCAUCCCUGCCCAGGAGGUGCCACCCCCAACAGUACCUAUGGAUUACUCUUGGGCCAGGGAGUUGGGCCUGAUCCGUAAGCCAGCCUCUUUCAUGACCAGCAUCUGUGAUGAGCGAGGCCAGGAGCUCCUCUAUGCUGGCAUGCCCAUCACUGAGGUCUUUAAAGAGGAAAUGGGUUUAGGAGGUGUGCUGGGCUUGCUGUGGUUCCAACGCAGAUUGCCCCGCUAUGCCUGCCAGUUCAUUGAAAUGUGCCUGAUGGUGACUGCCGACCAUGGGCCUGCCGUCUCGGGUGCACACAACACCAUUGUCUGUGCUCGAGCUGGCAAAGAUCUUAUCUCAAGCCUCACAUCUGGCCUGCUCACUAUUGGGGACCGUUUCGGAGGAGCCCUGGAUGCAGCUGCAAAGCAGUUCAGCAAGGCAUUUGACAGUGGCAUGCUGCCCAUGGAGUUUGUCAACAAGAUGAAGAAGGAUGGCAAACUGAUCAUGGGUAUUGGCCACAGAGUCAAAUCUAUCAACAACCCAGACAUGAGGGUGCAGAUUCUAAAGGACUUUGUUAAGCAGCAUUUCUCUUCCACUCAGCUACUCGACUACGCCCUAGAUGUAGAGAAAAUCACCACAUCAAAGAAACCCAAUCUGAUCCUCAACGUAGAUGGUUUCAUUGGUGUCGCGUUUGUGGACCUGCUUAGGACAUGCGGUGGCUUCACACGAGAUGAGGCUGAUGAGUUCGUGGAAAUCGGUGCACUAAAUGGGAUCUUUGUCCUCGGUCGGAGUAUGGGCUUUAUUGGUCAUUACUUGGACCAGAAGAGGCUGAAACAGGGUUUAUACCGCCACCCCUGGGAUGACAUCUCCUAUGUGCUUCCUGAACAUAUGUCCAUGUAAUUCACAUGUCACAGGAUGGGAUACAUUUCCAUCUGACUUAACAUUUAUGUACACUCCGGUUAUGGCAACGGCUGACUUCGGAAAACUGGGCAGGAUUAUUCUGGAAAGUAAAGUACUGUGUGGCUGAGGAAUCUAGGUAGAGGUUUUUCAUCUCAUUUUUACAGAGGAAAAAGGGGAAGUAUAUUUUUAGGUUUAGUUUUUUUUUGACAAGUGUUUUAAAGGGUAUGAGAUGUAACUUAUUAAGUUUUGGACAAAUCCAAACCAGUAGAAACUACAGCAGGAGCACCAAAACAACUGGCACAU